CCGGGACGGGGUAUGGCCCUGGGGUGGGGGGCUUUGAUCGUUUCCAGGCGGGAGACCAGCCAGCGAUCCGGGCUCUGAGCGUCCAUGGCUCCUGCAGGAACUCUUGCAGACUCCGCCAGAGAGAGAGAGAGAGAGAGCCCAGAGCCGCCUUCAAAUGCAUCUGAAAGGAGCGAGGCUUGGCGGGAGAGGCGGGGAAGGCAGCUGGGCCACAGGCUCCCUGCAGCUCGGCGCGGCGUCCCGGGCCGCGGGGGGGGAGCUCAGAGCGGCGGCAGGAGGGGGAGGGGGAGGGGGAGGGGGAGGAGGAGGAGGGAGGAGUUUGCCGCGGAGCCCCAGAGCCCGCGCGGAGAAUGUCUCUGUCCCGCUCCUCCGCCUGCCCCCUAGUCGCUCAGCCUCGGGCGGGGAAGGGACUCAGCCGCGCAACAUGGGGAGCCGCUCGCUCUGCUUAGCCUGGCUGCUGGCCGUGGGCGUGUGCCUGAGCCUCGCGUACGAAGGAUCAGGAUAUUCACCCGUAGAAGAUGACGAAGAUGUGUAUGCACGCAAUAGAUAUAAAGAAACACCUUGGUGUUCUCCCAUGAAAGUGAAACAUGGUAAUGCAUAUUGCAGAACACCUCAAGGAGAAUAUUACAAAAAUGUCUUGGGAACGAGAUGUGAUAUUCGUUGUCAGAAAGGGUAUGAACUGCAUGGUCCUCAACAGCUUAUUUGUCAGUCAAACAAGCGCUGGUCUGGGAAAGUUUUGUGUAAACAAAUACGGUGCCCAACGCUGUCCAUGCCAACUAAUGGAGGGUUCAAGUGCAUAGAUGGUGCAUACUUUAACUCCAGGUGUGAGUAUUACUGUUCCCCAGGAUACCAGCUAAAAGGAGACCGGACAGUAACAUGUAUGGACAACAAAGUUUGGAGUGGCAGACCAGCCUCCUGUGUUGAUAUGGAACCUCCUAGAAUCCAGUGCCCAAGUGUGAAGGAGAAAACAGCCGAGCCAAACAAGCUGACAGCCCGAGUGUUCUGGGAAACCCCUGAAGGAAGGGACACUGCUGAUGGUAUUUUGACAGAUGUGAUUUUGAAAGGCCCAUCCCCUGGCUCACAUUUUUCAGAAGGUGACCACAAGAUCCAAUACACUGUGUACGACAGAGCAGAAAACAAAGGCACUUGCAAAUUUCUUGUUAAAGUCAGAGUUAGGCGCUGUGGUAAACUGAAUGCCCCAGAAAAUGGCUACAUAAAAUGUUCAGGUGAUGGAGAUAACUAUGGUGCCACCUGUGAGUUUUCCUGCAUUGGUGGAUAUGAGCUGCAGGGAAGCCCAGCCAGAGUGUGCCAGUACAAUUUAGGCUGGUCAGGAACAGAGCCAACUUGUACACCUAUGAAUAUUAACGUUGCUGUGAGAACUGCAGCGGCCCUCUUGGAUCAGUUUUAUGAGAAACGGAGACUACUAAUUAUAUCAACUCCUACUGCUGCCAAUUUUUUCUACAGGUUGCAAUUGGGAAUGCUGCAGCCAGAGCAAUGUGGUUUAGACCUCCGACAUGUUACAGUGAUCGAAUUGGUUGGUGUCUUUCCAGCACAGAUAGGAAGAAUAGGAGUAAAGUUGCUGCCUCCAGCACUUGCUUUACAACUCAGGUUGUUAUUGCGCAUCCCCCAUUAUAACUUCAAUGUGGUGGUGAUGGACAAGCACGGCAUGGACAAAGAGCGUUACCCUUUCCCAGCUACAGCGGCGCAGCUCUUUGCGCUCAUUGACACCUUCCCCUUGAGAAAAGAAGAGAUGAAAUUGCAAACAGAAACUGGCCAGUCAUGUUCCUGAUUCAGAAGCAUGGCGUUUCCUCUGUUAGUGAAUUAUAUGAUCAUCCCUAAUCUCCCCCGUGGUGCUACACAAAGCAUGGCUUUUUGAAAUCAUUGAUGUAAAGAUUCUGUGUGUGUAUUUUUUAAGUCUAUUUUAUUGUGUAGCUUCUCUGCAUAUGACAUAUGCAUGAUGCUUUUUUGUACUUUCAGACAUCUUUAGAUAAAUUUGUACUUAAUACUACUCCCCUUUGGAAACCCUUGUACAGCUGUUAAGGAAUCUAGUCAAGGCUCCAGGAAUUAUUUUGGACGUUUCAUGCAGUGAAGUUUCUUUCUUACUGUUUAUAAAUCUUUUAUUAAUAAAAUAUUGUUUUGCAAACUCA